AUGCUGUGGGCACGGCUGCACUCUGGGGUCGUGGGACAGCGCAUCCCCCGUGUGCAGCCCUGCGCCUGUGCUCUGACGCUCCCUUCGAGGGACUCUCAGCAGCUCUCAGGUGCCCUCUCCUUCCAGGCCAGCCCUUGCCCGAUGCUGCUCACCCAGAAGGCUACGUCUCUGGCCCUGGACAUCCACGAAGGGGUCGUGCAGCUCCACCCGGGCCAGGGGCUUUUGCAGCGGGCUCUGCCCCUCUGCAGCUACCUGCUCUUUUUCCCAGCCCUCCUCGGAGGUCCCCUGUGCUCCUUCAGCAGGUUUCGGGCCCAGGCUGAGUCCCCGGGGGCUGUCCCCCACCCGCCCCAGGUGGGCCAGGGAGACCUUUCCAUCCGCGACCUGUGGACGCUGGAGACCACCCACCGCCUGGCCGUCUUCACCCGGACCUGGAACAAGAGCACGUCCCGCUGGCUGAGGAGACUUGUCUUCCAGCGCUGCCCGGCCCGGCCGCUCCUCGCCACCUUUGCCUUCUCCGCCUGGUGGCACGGCCUCCGGCCCGGGCAGGUCUUUGGUUUCCUGUGCUGGGCUGUCAUGGUGGAGGCCGACUACCGCAUCCAUCCCUUCCUCAGCACCCGGGCCACCUCCCAGGGUCUGAAGCUCCUCUACCAUGGCACAACCUGGGUCUUCACACAGCUCAUCGUCGCCUACAUCCUGGUGGCUGUGGAGUGCGAGAGCUUCUCCAAGCUCUGCCUGCUCUGGACUUCCUGCAACAGCAUCCUUCCCCUUUCCUACAGCCUCUCCCUGCUGCUGCUGCUUGCCAAGAAGACGAAGCAGAACUGA